UCAUUAAGGUUAUGUUUCUAUUUUCACAACAAUCAAAAGUCCAAGACCCCUUCCGCGGCAGCAUGUCAUCGUUCAUCAAGCGGUUCCGUAAGUCAACACUGGUUGCGUUCAACCGGACAGUCCACUUCCUUCAGGAUGACUACAGUGUAUGGUCGUACGAAAUCGAUGCGGACAAGGAGUCGGUCCCCUUCGAAAAGGGCCGUCCGCGUAAGUACUUUGACGCCGACAGCGACAGUGACGAGGAGCAGCAAAACGGCGACGAACCGGGAACCGGGAAGAACAACGGAGGCGGUGACACAGGGAAAAAGGACCAGGAUGACCAGACCAACGCGAUCGUGGCGCUGGAUGUGAAUGAGGAUCGUUCGCUGGUGGCGGUGGCCACCGGAGAUAAAUCGCUGUACCUGUUUGAGGUGGACCAGGAUGGACGAACGCUGAAGGUGCUUUCUCGGAGGUUGCUGUCCCGAGCUUCCAGCUGUGUCAAGUUUGCCGCCGGUGGUCGGUUUGCGAUCGUGUGUGAUAAGGGUGGAGACUGCUACAAAUACGACUGCGAAGAGUACAGGAAACCGGGACGAUGGCUGCUUGGUCACAUGAGUCAGGUGCUGGAUGUCCUGAUUGACACAGAAGAGAAACUCAUCAUAACCAGCGACCGGGAUGAGAAAAUCCGGGUUACGUGCCAUCCGGAUUGCCACAACAUCGAAACCUUUUGUCUAGGUCACACCGAAUUUGUGUCCCAUUUGGAGUUUCUCGGACCGGAAUUGCUGUUGUCCUUGUCGGGAGAUAAAACGUUACGCUGGUGGAACUACACAAGUGGAAAGGAGCUUGCUCGGAAAGAGCUGGAGCUGCCCGGUAACAAAUUGGCCCUCCAGAAGCUAGCCGCAGAUGGAACGGGACUUUUGGCAGUUCUAUGCUACAAACCAACGGCGGUCAACGUUUUCAAACUGAGCGGAACGACCGGCUGUGAAUUUGUUCAAGCGUUAAACUUAAAGUCCGGACAAGUCUUUUCAACAAUCGCCUUUGACGAAAGUGGUAAUUUGUUGGGAUUCGUCAUCGAAGAAAGCACCGGAGCUCCUUGGCUGGCAAAGUACGAAUUUGAUCGCGAAAACUUUAAAUUGGCAAAGGAAGCCGCGUUCAUCAAGAGUUUCGACGACUCCAAGCUGCCGUACGUCGAUUCCGUGUCGUUUUUGUUCAAGAAAAAGUUCGACAACAUCAAAGACUACCAGGAGCGGAAGCGGAAACGGAUCGAGGAGAACAACAAGCAACUGGGAUAAUGACGUUUCUCUAUCAUUCUAUCGUGUGUCGAAAAGCGCUUUGACGGUACAUCCGACAAGGAUUAUUGUUAUUAAUUAUUAAUGCGUAAGAUGUAUUGGGAAAUAAACAGAAUAUACUUGCGCGCGUGCGAUGCAUA